UCCAAGUAUCAUAUCUUUACAUUAAUAAAUGAGCAGGUCAUUUGUCUCGUUUGUAUGAUUUGGGCUGAAAUGAGAUAAAAAUCGAGUCACAACCCAACCUAUCUAAUUAUUAGUAAAUUUUGUAUUUUAAAGUAUUUUCUUAGCACCAAAAUUUUUUUCUUUCCUUGCAAACAUAGCUUGUUCAUCUUUAAACUUCUCACUUCAAUAUUUUGAUUUAAUCUUGCACACUUGAUGGCAGCUUAUAGUGCUGUAAUUUCUCUUCUUCGAACUCUUGACGAACGAAAUAUUCAUGAACUCUUUCAUGAUCACACUGCUGAAGUACUCGAUUCUCUUCGUGCUAUUGCUGAAUAUUUCGAAAAAGUUCUUGAUGAAUUUGAACCUGGAAAAAUAAAAUCUUUGGAGGAAAAAAUCAGAGAUGCUGCUAGUGAGGCAGAAGACGUUGUUGAGCUGAAAACUCAUCAAAUCAUCGAAGGGACAAGCUGGACUUUUGGAAUUUUACAACACCGGGAUUUGCUACCAGUUUUUGAAAAAAUGGAAACAAUAAAGAAACAAGUGAUGGAGAUUGUUUCUCAUGAUGCUGAUCAAAUUCUUGAAUUAUUUGGGGAUUCCAUGAUUGGCCCUUCUUCUAAAAGUUACGCAUUGCUGUCAGAUAAGUUGGAAGAUGAUAUCGUGCGGGGAAUUGAUGAUGACUUGGAGAUCAUAAUUAAAAGACUGAUAGGACCACCAUCGGAUCUAGACAUUGUCACAAUAUCAGGCAUGGGUGGCAUUGGCAAAACAACACUUGCUAGAAAAGCUUAUCAUCAUCUCACAAUCAGGUAUCACUUUGACAUUCUUGCUUGGGUUACUAUAUCUCAAGAAUUUCAAUGUAGAAAUGUAUUGUUAGAAGCUUUACAUUGCAUUUCAAAGAAAACAGCUAUUGUGAACGCAAAAGACUAUGAUAAGAUGGAUGACAAUGAGUUAGCUGACCUGGUGCAAAAGAACCUAAAGGGUCCAAGAUACCUUGUUGUUGUUGAUGAUAUUUGGACUGAAAAUGUUUGGGAUAGUGUAAGAGGAAUAUUUCCUAAUUACAACAAUGGGAGUCGAAUCUUAUUGACUACUAGGGAAAAUGAGGUAGCAAUGUAUGCAAAUACUUGUAGCCCUCAUGAGAUGAGCCUUUUGAGUGGAGAAAAUGGUUGGAAGUUAGUUUGUGAUAAGGUGUUUGGACCAAAACAUGAUCAUCCUCCCGAAUUGGAAGAAAUUGGAAAGGAAAUAGUAGAAAAAUGCCAAGGACUACCCUUAACAAUUUCAGUGAUUGCAGGACAUCUCUGUAAAGUGGCCAGGACAUUAGAAGGUUGGAAGGAUGUUGCCCGAACCUUAAGUGAAAUCAUUGCUAGUCAUCCAGAUGAAUGCUUAGCAGUGCUCGGUUUGAGUUAUCACCACUUGCCUAAUCACCUCAAACCUUGCUUUCUAUCUAUGAGUAGUUUCCCAGAGGAUUUUCAGGUUGAGACUCGGAUAUUGAUCCAAUUAUGGAUUGCAGAAGGUUUCAUAAGGACUUCCGAAAAUGGUAAAAGUUUGGAGGAAGUGGCAAUAGAUUAUUUGGAGGAUCUUAUUAGUAGGAACUUGAUACAGGCUAGAGAAAGGAGAUUCAAUGGUGAUAUAAAAGCGUGUGGAAUACAUGAUCUACUGCGUGAGUUCUGUUUGACAGAAGCUGAAAUGACAAAGCAUAUGCAUGUUGAGAGAACUUACCCUACUCUUCCAACACAAAUGCAUAAUGUUCGCCGCUUCAGUUUUCAAACUGAAUAUUAUUCCGUUGAUGAUUGUUAUAAGCUAUUACCUCCUGCUUCUAGAUCUAUCUACUUAUUUUCUCGAUUGGAUCUACCUAAUUUACCCCGUAUUAAGCUUCACAGGAGAUUACCCAUCUAUCAUCAUGAUCCUAUAAUAUAUGAAUUUUUCUCUCAUUUCAACCUUCUCAGGGUGUUGUCCAUGAACAAUAAAUAUCUUUAUUUCGAAUCAUUUCCGCUUGUGAUUACAAAGUUGUUUCAUCUGAGAUAUCUCCAAGUUAGAUUUAAUGGCAAUAUUCCUGAAUCAAUUUCAGAGCUUCAGAAUUUGCAAACUCUAAUUUUGAGUGGUACUUUUCCUUUAGAUAUGACUUUACCUGUGAAGAUAUGGAUGAUGAAGAACUUGAGGUAUAUACGUCUGGAUCGUCCCACUUAUUUACCAAGUCCUGGAACACAAAGUCUUGUGACAGGGAUGCCAAAUCUACAGGAAUUUUCUGGUCAUUUGACAGACGAAGUCUUUUCUGGCAUUCCCAAUAUAAAGAGAUUGAUCUUUCACUUACCUUAUUUCCGAAAAAGUAAUCUCGAUCAGCUCCAAUUGGAUAUGUCCAGAUUGACAAAACUCGAAGCAUUCAAGUUUUAUGGUUCAAUUUUUUAUCGAUAUUCCUUCAAGAGAUUUCAUUUUCCAACAUCACUUAGGAGGUUGUCUUUAACACGGUGUAGUGAUUUUUUAUGGACAGAUGUAUCUUCGACUGUUAUGAUGUUGCCAAAUCUUGAAGAGCUCAAACUUAAAAAUUGUCAAACCUUGAUUGAUGAAUGGAGAUUGAGUGAUGAACACAAGUUCAGAAGUUUGAAGUUGUUGUUACUGAGUGACUCAGAUCUUAGGUAUUGGGAAGCUACCAGUGAUAACUUUCCAAAGCUAAAACGCCUUGUUCUGAAAAAUUGUGGUGACCUGCAAGGAAUUCCAGCAGAUUUUGGGGAAAUUUGUAGUUUGGAAUCAAUUGAGUUAUACGAUUGCAGCACUACAGCUGAGAAUUCUGCAAGAGAGAUUGUACAAGAACAAGAGGACAUGGGGAAUUAUUUCCUUAAGAUUUACAUCCAUAACAUUCGCGAUAAUGGCCUCUUUGGCUAUUUUGGUUAUACAUUCUGGAAAAUGGGACGAUAGAAAUAGUUACAUUGAUUAUACUAUAGAGGGAGUAGUUUUUAAGGAACAGUCAACGUUUCUUGAGUUUUAUACUACUAUUGCCACACAGAUUGGUGUUGAUUUGAAUAAUAAGACUUUGAAGAUUGAGUACAAGGUUGAAGAAAGUAAUAAUCGAAUGGUUAUACACAAUGACAUGGGUGUCAGGGUGUACAUAAUGCUUUAAAAGGCCAACAUUGAUUUUAACAAAUUUCCUAUUUGUAUAACUAUUUUGGAUUCAUGUGAUAGACAGAUUUCUCAGUGUCAAGGUCUAUCAUAUGGAGAGAUUGUUAAGGGUCCAGCCCAUUGAUGGGUGACCCAUAUAUUUUGGGCUUUGUUGACUUCUUCUAGAGGUCUUGGGCAGAUGAUGUUGGGGCUGGGUUUUUUGUUUUGGAAGAGAGAAAAAAAAGAAAUAGAGAGAGGGUUUGAGAGAGAAAAGGGUUGCUGAUUUUUCUGGACAGCGAGACAAAAUUUCAGAUUGCAAGAGAUCCGACCGUUGGAUCGUUCUGAAACUUUCGCAGCUGGUUCACAAUACAUAGCACUACAUCUUGACCGUUCAGAUCGUCAAUCGAAGUUCUUGAUCGUCUGUUAUCGCAGCUGGCGUAACCUGCAUUUUUUUUUGGUGAUAUUUCUCAAUUUCUCUUCUCUUUUGUGUUGGCUCUUAUGUAUGUUGUUGUUGGUGGGCUGUGACAUCCUUGUAGACUGAUUUGGGUGUUUUUACCCUCAAUUUACAUAAUAAGAGAAGAAGAAGGGUGGACUCCUUCAAGUCCCGUGGUUUUUAUCCUUCAUACCGAAGGGGUUUUCGACGUAUAAAUCUUGUGUGUCACUUGCGUAUUUAUAAUUCAUAUUUGCUUGUGAUUCAAUUGAUGUGUUGCUGAUUUGAGCUUGGUUAAUAUAGUGGUGAAUUUCUUUUGGUAAA